AUGACUUUAAUUGCUUCAAUCACCAAACUUGGAUCAUCUGUCCAAGCGAAUCAAACAACAAUGAAGAAUGAAAUGAUGUUAAACAGUACCAAUACUCUAACUGGUCAAACAUCAAACUCGAAUCAAUCACUUGUUGAUUUGAAUAUCCUUGCAACUGUAUUGGGUAUUUUAGGUAUUAAGGUGAAUGCCACUGUAUUUUCACCAAAGAUAUUAAAUAUAUUUAUCUACAAAUUAGAAACGGCUAUCAUUAAAUCUUUGUUUUUUACACAACCAAUUACUCUGGUAGAACCAGAUGGAAUUUCUAUUAAUGAACUUUAUAUUAAUGAACGUCAACUUAUCACUAUUACUGGUACUGGUUUCGCUACCAAUGGAAACGCAUUGGCCUCCGUCGAUGCAAACAAUUUUUGCCCGAUAACCAGCGUCACCUCCACAAGGAUAAUCUGUAACCUACCGUCGAUCGCCACUCCAGGUUUCUAUACUGUUUACGUUAGAAACAAUCCAAUUGACCUUAUCGUUGCUACCGAUAAGGGAUUCACUAUCAAAAUCGCUAAGCGUGUCGCUUUCGUCAGGCGAAUCAACCCAUUCGAAUAUGCCAACGGUCCAUCGAAUACAAUGACUUUGUCAGGUUCCAAUUUCCUCAGUGGCAUCGUCGUUAGAAUUAAAGUAGCAUCCGACUACUACGAUUGUACACCGACUUCGCUCACUCUCGAACAAGUGAUUUGCACGUUCCUGGCAAUCCCUGCAUACGGUCUUUACAAAGUGUUUUACAAUAAUCCUGGUGAUACUCCGGUGGCACAGGAAACCGGUAUUUUCUUGCAAGCACCCACACCAACACUGAGCACUAUCACGCCAAACUCUAUCGAUAUAACCAAGAGUUCCGUUGUCACAUUGACCGGUACACUUUUCGUUUGUUCAUUGGACGCCUCUAACAAUGCCACAAUCAAAGUCAAUGGAAAUGCAGACAUCCUGGACAUACAAACAUGUUCGCCAACUCAACUGAUUACACAAUUCACAACCAGUGUAGUUCCUACUGGAACUUUCAACGUUAUAGUAUCCAACGGUGCUGUAGCAUCCACCCCUAAAUCUUUAACGUUUACAAAACCAAUUCCUACAAUUACUUCAGUCACUCCAAAUACAAUGCAAUCGAAUACUGCUGGAAAUAUUGUUAUCGCAGGUACCGGUUAUCUUGAUGGACUUACAACAGUCACUAUCAAUGGAGUUGCCUGUACAUUGGUUAGUGUUACUCAAACAAGUAUUACCUGUACAACACCAUCACAACCAACAGUCUUUGGAACAGUUCCUUUGAUUGUAUCAAACUCUGGUACCAAUUCAAAUGACUUUAGUUUUACAAGAACUGGACCAAAAUCAACUAUUACUUCAGUUAUACCAGCUUCUUAUCCUAUUUAUACAACACCUGUUUUAACUAUAACUGGUACCUUAUUCUUUAGUGGAUUGACUAGUGUUACAAUUGACGGUCAACAAUGUACAAGUUUGGUAGUCUCCAGUGAAACUAGUUUAAUUUGUACAUCGCCAUCUUUUACAACUGCUAUUUCACGACCUCUGAUUGUUGUCAAUGGAAAUGUAAACUCUGCAAGUUAUACAGUUAGUCAAGUCGUUUCCACACCUAGCGUUACCAGUGUCACACCUAAUUCCUUCAUGAGUGACCAAUCAACUACGAUCUCUGUGAGUGGUUCUAAUUUCGUUGCAUCGCUAUCGACUGUUACGAUUGGUGCUCUCAAUUGUCCGGUUGUUGUAGCUCAGUCAUCGACAACUCUAUUGGUAUGCAACACUCCGGUCACAAUAGUUUUGGGUGUUCAACAACUCAAGGUUCAAACCUACACUGUUCCAUCGAAUUCAGUAAGUGUUACAGUCAACGCUCCAACACCAAUCAUUCAAUCAGUAACUCCAAGUUCCAUGGUAUCCGAUAUUAUUACACCAAUCACGAUUGUAGGAUCUGGAUUCCAAAACACUUUAUCAGUUGUUAAAGUUGGUCAAUUAAAUUGUCCAAUUACAAGCAUUCAGAAUACUCAAAUCAUUUGUAAUUCACAACCUCAAUUGAUUGAUUCCAUUGAACUUCUUAUUGUUAUAAAUAGUAAUACCAUUACCUCAAAUUCUCUUCCAUUCACAAUCAAACCACCAGCACCAACCAUAACAACAAUUACACCAUCAUCAGUUCCAACCAAUUUGACAACAAUCAUAUCUAUUGCCGGUACCAAUUUUGUCAAUGGAAUGGUUCAAGUUUAUAUCAACAAUGCAAUAAUCACAUUGAAUUCAGUUUCAAGAACAUUGAUUGUUGGUAUUGCACCAGUUCUCAAUAUUGCUGGAUCAAUUCCACUUUCCGUUCAGAAUAAUGCAUAUUUCACAACUUCCAGCUCAAUUACCUAUGUUCCACCAACACCAAUCAUCCAAUCAGUAACUCCAAAUUCGAUGGUAUCCGAUACAGUUACACCAAUUACUAUUACAGGAUCUGGUUUCCAAACAAGUUUUUCAAUUGUCAAGGUCGGUCAAUUAAAUUGUCCAAUUACAAGCAUUCAGAAUACCCAAGUCAUUUGUAAUUCACAACCUCAAUUGGUUGAUUCCAUUGAAUCUCUUAUUGUUAUAAAUAAUAAUACCAUUACCUCCAAUGCCGUUCCAUUCACAAUCAAGCCACUGACACCAACCAUUUCAUCAAUUACACCAUCAUCAGUUCCAACCAAUUUGACAACAAUAAUCUCCAUUACAGGAACUAAUUUUAUCAAUGGAAUGGUUAAAGUCUAUAUCAACAAUGCAAUAAUCACAUUGAAUUCAGUGACAAGAACAUUGAUUGUUGGUAUCGCACCAGUUCUUAAUAUUGCUGGAUCAAUUCCACUUUCCGUUCAGAAUAAUCCAUAUUUUGCAGUUUCCAGUACAAUUACCGAUGUUGCACCAACGCCAAUCAUCAAAACUGUCACACCAAAUUCCAUGGUAUCAAAUAUUAUUACACCAAUCACCAUCGAUGGAUCUGGAUUCCAAACUAGCUUAUCGACUGUCAAAGUUGGUACAGUCGCAUGCCCACUAGUUAGCAUUAUAUCGAAUCGUAUUAUUUUCUCAGUUAUUGUUACAAAUAAUAAUGCAAUUGAUUCUAAUGCAGUUCCAUUAACAAUCAGGCCACUGGCACCAACCAUAACAACAAUCAACCCAUCAUCAGUUCCAACUAAUUUGACAACAAUCAUUUCCAUUACAGGAACUAAUUUUGUCAAUGGAAUGGUUAAAGUUUAUAUCAACGGCGCAGUGAUUACAUUGAAUUCAGUUACAGGUACUUUAAUUACUGGUUUUGCACCGGUUCUCAAUAUUGCUGGAUCUAUUCCACUUUCCGUUCAAAACUCUGCAGCUGUUACUGAUUCCGAUAUAAUUACAUAUGUUCCACCAACACCAAUCAUUCAAUCAGUAACUCCAAAUUCGAUGGUAUCCGAUAUAGUUACACCAAUCACCAUUACAGGAUCUGGAUUCCAAACAAGUUUAUCAAUUGUUAAAGUUGGUCAAUUAAAUUGUCCAAUUACAAGUGUCCAGAAUACUCAAAUCAUUUGUAAUUCACAACCUCAAUUGGUUGAUUCAAUUGAAUCUCUUAUUGUUAUUAAUAACAAUACCAUUACCUCGAAUGCCGUUCCAUUCGCAAUCAAACCACCAACACCAACCAUCUCAUCAAUUACACCAUCAUCAGUUCCAACCAAUUUGACAACAAUCAUAUCUAUUGCCGGAACUAAUUUUGUCAAUGGAAUGGUUAAAGUUUAUAUCAAUGGUGCAAUAAUCACAUUGAAUUCAGUUUCAAGAACAUUGAUUGUUGGUAUUGCACCAGUUCUCAAUAUUGCUGGAUCAAUUCCACUUUCCGUUCAGAAUAAUGCAUAUUUCACAACUUCCAGUUCAAUUACAUAUGUUCCACCAACACCAAUCAUCCAAUCAGUAACUCCAAAUUCGAUGGUAUCCGAUAUAGUUACACCAAUCACUAUUGCAGGAUCUGGAUUCCAAACAAGUUUAUCAACUGUUAAAGUUGGUCAAUUAAAUUGUCCAAUUACAAGCAUUCAUAAUACUCAAAUCAUUUGUAAUUCACAACCUCAAUUGGUUGAUUCAAUUGAAUCAGUUGUUGUUACAAAUAAUAAUACAAUUAAUUCCAAUGUUUUAACUUUAACGAUCAAACCACUUGCACCAACCAUUUCAUCAAUCAAUCCAUCGUCAGUUAUCAACAAUCAAACAACAACCAUCUCCAUUACUGGUACUAAUUUUAUCAAUGGAAUGGUCAAAGUCAAAAUCAAUAAUACACUAGUAUCCUUUAGCUUUGUGAGCAAAACAUUGUUGGUAACUUCCACACCAAGUUCUACAUUUGUUGGACAGGUUCCAGUUUCCGUUUCAAACACUCCAUCGUUGAUUGCCAAUUCCAAUAUCCAGUAUCUGAUGGCAUCUCCAUAUAUAACAUCUCUAUCAUUAUCGGGUGUUUAUACAAAUGAUAAUAUUCCAAUAACAAUAAGUGGUUAUGGAUUCAUUCCAACCAUUAGUAAAGUAACAAUCGAUUCAAUCUAUUGUCAAGUUUUAACUGUUACUCCAAAUGCUAUUAUCAUCACUUCACCUAUUUUAACGACCAUUGGAAACAAGGUUGUUUUGGUAUUGAAUGGCGAUGCUGGUCCAACUUCAAAUGCAGUCACCAUUGCCUACUUCGCACCACCACCAUGGAUCUCAUCAAUUUCACCAAGCUCAGUACAACUGGAUAGUUUGCAAACAGUUACCGUUCAAGGAAUUAACUUCCAAUCGGGAUUGACAACUUUGAAGGUUAGAAACAUCGUGGCAACAAUCUUAUUCAUCAAUUCAACACAGAUACAAUUCACAGCACCAUACAUCGUAUCAACAAACAGAGAAGCAGUUAAUGUUACCAAUUUCUAUUCUCAAGCAACAACUUCAUUAAAAUAUAAUGCACCCACUCCAAUUAUUAAUACGAUCGAUCCUUCUUCAUUGGCAGCUGGAACAUCCAAUAUGAUCACGAUUAGCGGUUCGAAUUUCAUUCCAGGAUUGACAACAGCAGUUCUCUUGGGAUCCAAACCUUGUUCCUCUCAGUUUAUCAACUCAACCACAUUCAUUUGUCUUGCACCAAUCAUCAACUCUAAAGGUCCAGUAGAAAUUCAAGUAAAGAACGACAUCAAUGUAUUUGAUAGCUAUACACUAAAUCUCUAUUACCCAGGUCCUGUCAUCACCGAGGUUGAUCCAACCAAUGCUUACAUCUAUGAAAUGAGACCUGAGGAAAGAGUUGUUACAAUCACAGGUUCCGGAUUUAUCGAUGGAGUAUCGACAGUGACUGUUGGUGAAUAUUCUUGCAAACCAUUCAAUACCAAUAGUAUGUUCAUCUUUUGUGAUAUGCCAAUUGUCACCAAAGAAGGAAUGCUCCCAGUAAAUGUUCACAAUGGACCAGACUUGUUUUCCAACACCAAGUACAUUGAAUAUAUCAAUCCACUACCACUCAAUUAUAUUUCACCAUCAUACGUUUAUUACCAACAAGAUCAGCAAAUCUCGAUUGUGAUUCACGGUGAGAAUUUCGAUUCAAACAUGGCAAGUAGUGUUGAAAUCAAAAAUUCCGGUUUAUCAUUUAAUUGCGUGAUUUCAUCGGUUACUUCAACUGAAAUCCAAUGUUCAUUAACAAUGAUGCCAGUUGGUACUUACGAUGUAUUUUUCCAUUCAAAUGGUCUUCAAUCAAACCCACUCACUUUUGCAGUUCUCGACAGACCACUCUCUUGUUUGUCAGCAACAGGAACACCAGUAUCUUGGUGGUUCGCCAGAAAGAUUCCACAAUCUCAAAACUACAUCUACUUUGACAGUGAAUCUCAAGAUAUGCAAUACCUUGCUUCCAUUUCCUCGACUACCAAUUGCUUAUCGUUGACUCUUGAUCAGAUCAAACAAGACUCCAACACUCACAAUGGAUACGUUGCAUAUAAUGACCAUGCUUGGUUAGAUGAUUUGUCAGGUGAAUUGACUCGUUCAGUUAAUGGAACCUUCAACAUCAAUCAUUCACUUGGAAAAGGUAUUCUCGUCUCACACACCUAUUUCAAUGCCACCUAUUCACCUGGAUUCCAUAUUAAACAUUCACUCGAAGGAUUCCCAGUUCCUGCUGGCGACGGUUCAUUUAAAACACCAUCACAAUAUCCAACCAGUUGGUUCCCUAACGACUAUCGUCUUCGUCCAAAACAAGCUGAUGAUUUCUCAUUUGGACAUUCUUUCCUAUGUCAUAGCUUUGUUGAUUCAUCAGACACUCUGAAUGCAGUCCAAGCAACCAAACCAUUCAUCUACUCCAGCAACAGAUAUAACUAUCGUAUCAAUAUUAUGUCACCGCUGUUUAACGACAGUACAAUGACAUCGUUCCUCUCAUCGAUUUGGUCAAAUAGUUACUUUGUUUCCUCUGGAUACAAACAGAAUAUCUUCUCACCAAUUGGAUUAGUUCCAAUGUCGAUUACUCUCCCAUCCAGAUACAGAAUACCACCAGGUGCUGUUGCCGUAAUUGAAACCAAGUUACCAUUGAAAUUCGUAAAACAAAACAAUAUCUCAUUAGCUAUUUCACAAUGGAAAUCAGAGGUUGAUCGUAGUUUCCUUGGUUUCAAUGAUACUCAUCUCUGUUUGGGUGACUACACUGCCAAGACUACUAUUGGUGGUGGUAUUGCAGUUUGCGUCAAACCAAAGGCACAAUUCGCUCAAUUCUUUAUUGAAACAAUCUUUAAAUAUCAAAUAGAGAAUUGCACAUCACAGCAGUGCUCCAACAAAGAGAUUAAGAAUCAAUAUCUAAUCUCAAUUAAAUCUAAAUUGCUAUUGGAUAAUACCUAUGGAGAUGCCGAUCAAUUGCUUUCACAAUAUUUAGAAUCGGUCGAUCCACUCUUACCAAAUACCAAACUCUCGAUAACCAGUGUUGAAUGUACCACUCAGUUCUGUCCAUUGAAUCAAACCAAUCCACAGACCUACCAAACCGAUUCAGUUGCCAUAUUCUCAUUCCGUGGUAUCUACCAACCGAAGUUCAAUAUCCUUUUGCAAACAAUCAACGAAACCAUAUCAGUAAAGAGCUUGGAUGGAAACGUUUACACAUUCCCAACCUACAAUGUAUCAGGAUCAUACGUGCCACAAACAAACAACAAUGUAAAGAGUCAAAAUAUUAUUUAUAUCUUUAAACUAUUGCAACUAUCCAAAGCUGUAAGAGACAGUUUUGGUUAUGGAUCAUUAGGUAACUUGGAAUUGGUUAUCAACAAUGAUAAUAAGGCAAUUCUAAAUCAACAUCAAUCGAUUCCAAUCUCAAUUGAUCCAUUGGAUGUAGAAUCGUUGUUCAGAUCACUAAGUUAUGAUCUUUUGUUACAAUUGAAUGGUGGUAUCUCAUCCACUGAUUUACCAGUGACAUUGAACGAUUUCGAAAGUUUCGGAUCAUCUAAACAAUCAGCACUUCUUGGUGGUUUAGUCAACUAUGUCGCUAUGAAACUACGUGAACUUACUCUACCAACAUUACCAAAGAGCACAGUUCGAUCACUCAUUAACCAAAAUGGAGAAUCAAUCGAUCUUGAAUGGUUCAAUAGUUUGAGAUUAACAAGAAGAAACGCUAUAUACUCACACUCCUGGAUAACUGCAUACCUCUGGGAUCUGAGUGAUUCCGACAAUGAUGAUUAUCAAGAAAAUGCACUUAGAAGACCACCAUACAGUGACAACAACGACGGUUAUCAAAUUGAUUUCAUCUCGAUACUCAACAAUACAAAAUCGAUUGUAUCAACCAGCGAUAUCCUAACAUUCUCAGAAUCACUGUUCGAUAUGCAAGCAUCACAUCCGUAUCACCAAUUAAUCAUUUCAAAUGCAAGAUCAAUCAUGAAAUACAAUAAUAUCUUUGAGUGUAAUUAUUGUAAAGUUUCAGCAAGUACUCCUUCGGACCCAUCUGAUUUCAAGAAUGUUUUACAAUCACUUGGAAUCUGUCAAUCGACAAUCGACGCAACUUUAAUUCCACCAAUUUCAGAAGUACAGAAUUUCGCAUCAUCUUGGAUUUCCUCAGCAGAUCCACCCAGUGAUUGGUUAACAAACCAAGCUAUCAAUGUCGUAUAUUCUCAACAAUUUGCCAAAUUCUAUAAUUAUUCAAAGCUUUUGGAAUCAUUGUUACAAGUUGUCGAUCCAACACUCUGUGAGUUUGGAAUUGAAAAUGGAUACCUUGUCACACCGAAAGGUUUGGAAAUACUCACAAGAGUUCUUACCAAUCAAAUCAACAUUGCCGAGAAGCGUUUAGUUUAUAACGAAGUUGAAACAUUCUUUGUACCAACAGAUAGCUCAACUGGUUUGGUAAUCAUCACCUACAAAAACUAUCUAUGUAAUUUCAGUAUGUCAAGUGAAUCUGAUUUUGAAAGUGGUGCCAUCCUUUCGAUAUGCCCAAGUGGUCCUAUUGUAACAAAUAUCACAGGUACCAACAGACCGACUCAUUCCAACGACAAUGCCAUUACAUUAGUUGGUCACAAACUAUCGGAAAUAGGUGUUCAAGUCAAGGUUGGUUCAAAGAUUUGUCAAGUUCAAACAGCAACAGAUAAUCAAUUGAUUUGUACUGUUGGUCAAGGUGUUGGUGUAUAUCCAAUCACCUAUUCCAAUAUCAAUAGUAAACUACCUCAAGAAACACCAUUGUCACAAUAUAUCUAUUCCUACGAUAUUCCAGUGAUUAAAUCUCUCACAACAGUGAGUUGGCCAGUUAAAACAGUUGGUGAUAGAGUAACUAUCAAUGGAAGAAACUUUGGUUUCGAUAAUAUUGAUACAACUCUUAUUGUUGAUAACUAUCAACAUCCAAUUGUUCAAUUCUUGUAUGAUGCGAGCAGUGGUGUUGAAUCACUGGUAUUCAUUACCAAUGGAACUGGUCUGGAUAAACUCAUUACCAUUAAUGUGGCCAACCAAACCACUGAAGACAAUAUGGAUUUCUCAAUGGAUUAUAAAGAACCAGUGAUCAAUUCGAUUUCAAUUAAUACAUACCCAAGUCCUGGUGGAGGUGAGAUGACUGUUACCGGAAACUAUUUUGGUGAGACAAACAGUGCAAUCACCAUCUAUAUCGGAUCAGCCAGUUGUGAUAUCUCCCAGAGAAUUGACGAUAGUACUGCAAUCUGUAUCAUACCAGCACAUGUUGGAGUCAAUACGGUUUCAAUCUUUGUAGACGGUCAGAUUUCUCAAGAUGGACCAACAUUCACUUAUCCAAUUCCAAAGAUCGAACAAGUCAUACAACCAAACUCAACCAACACAUCGACAGGUGGAGUUUUCUGGGUGGUCGGAUCUGAUCUCGGACCUCUUGGUAUGUCCGAUUACAAUGUCACCGUACAUCUCAAUGUUUUUGUUGAAUGCCAAAUGGAUAUUGAUUGUCACUAUAACCAGAAAUACGAAGAUAAAGAUGGAAAUGAAAUAGCAACUCCAACCGAUCCAUAUUUCUAUGGAGAGUUCGAUCCUUAUAUCCUCAUAAACGAAACAUACAGAACCACCGUUAAUUUCGAUUGUAUCAUUUGUUAUCUUCCUCCAGGUGUUGGAUAUAAUAUUCCAGUCAAUCUCUCUUAUCACGAGUACUUCUCGAAUAUUGACUACAGUGGAGUUGCAUACAACAGACCAACCAUAAUGAAUCUAACAGAGUAUCAAUCCAAUACUGAUGGAGGUGGUGAUAUUACUAUUUUCGGAUAUGAUUUCGCUCCUAAUGAAAUCAACAUAACCGAUAUUUAUUCAGAGUAUAUUCUCGAUCCAAGAUAUGAUACUUUCGAAGGACCUAUCACCUUCAGUAACUCCAGCAUCGGAACUUAUCUCAUUCACAACAUCUCAUUUACCAACUCAUCAAUGGUACAUGGUGUAAUUCCACCUGGUAUUGGUGCAAACUUAACAGUUUCAAUAUUUGUUGGUGGUCAAAAAUCAUUAGAGUCUAUCAAUUUCUCAUAUAAUCCUCCAACAAUAAACAAUGUAACAAGUUCAAAUACAACAGGUUCAUCUAUAACCAUCGAAGGAUUAAACUUUGUUCCAAAGAAUGUUGAUCCACUUAACUCCAACAUAACAAUCAAUAAUAUAUUGUGUUCUGACAUUGAAUGGAUUGAUUCAUCUAAAAUCAUUUGCAACUCACCAUCUGGAAUUGGAAAAGAUUUACCAUUAAUUCUCUUUGUCGGUAAUCAAUCUACAAAUACAAUGUUUAGAUAUAAUGCUCCAACAUUGGAUAAUACAAAGUAUUAUGGUGAUCCAUCAGGAGGUGAUUGGAUUACAAUUAAAGGUGAAAACUUUAUACCAUCUGAACAUGUUGGACCAGUCAAUCAAAGACAACAAGAUUCCAAUAAUUCAAUUUCCAUUGAUGGACAACAAUGUCAAUCAUUUGAAUGGAUAGAUCACAACACAGUUCGAUGUCAAAUCCCAAGUGGUACAGGUAAAAACAAAGAGAUCAAGAUUAUUGUCGGUACUCAACCAACAUCAGAACCAAACCAACUCUUUGAUUAUAAAUCACCGAUUGUCACUUCAAUCUCUCCAAAUACAGCUGAUCGUGACCAAAAUACAUUGGUAACGAUCACAGGUAAUUACUUUGGACAAGACCCAACUGCUACCAUUGGUGAUGCAGGAGAUUGCACCAAUCUAGUGGUAUUAAGCAAACUAAAUGGAAAGGAUAGAUUGCAAUGUAAUGUUCCUGUUUAUGAUAGAAACACCGAGGAAAUUGUCAGUGUUACACUUGAUGGUGAACAAUCACAAGAAACCAACGUUACCUACACCUAUACUGGUGAACCAACUAUUGAUUCUAUCAGCCCAGAAUCUGGAUCGGUAGAUGGUAAUUAUCAAUUAGAUAUUUCUGGUAAAUUCUUCAAGAAUGGUGAAAUCUCUCCAACUGUCAAUUUCAAUUUACAAGCUGCUACCAUUGUAUCAUCUUCAGAUAAUUCAAUCACAAUUACAGUGCCUUCAGGUGGUGGAAAAGAUAUUCCCAUUACAGUGUCUGUUGGAUCACAAACCAGUAAUACAAACACUGAUUUCUCAUAUAAUCCACCUUCAAUCACUCUGAUCACACCCAACCAAGGAAAAUAUAACCAACCAAGCUCAGUUGUAAUUUCAGGUUCCAAUCUUGGUUUACCAGGUCAGUCAUUGCUCACUCACAUAUUAAUUGGUGCAGUAUCAUGCUCAAAUAUCCAAGUUCAGUCAUCACAAAGCGUAUCUUGUACAAUUCAACCAUCUGGAGUUCCAGGAGAAUUCCCAGUUGAACUUUCUUUCUAUUCACAAAGCACAACCAGUCAGUUUACCUUUACAAAUGAUAAUCAAGACUCAACUACAACAACAACUACAACCACAACUACAUCAACCACUUCAAAUCCAACAACCGAUACUCCAACUACCGGUACAACUUCAACAACUUCAACAACUGGAACAACUACUCCAACUACAGCCAAUCCAAGCACUGGUACAACAACUCCAACUACUGGUACAACUGCAACCCCAACCACUGGUACAACUGUAUCACCAACUACUAGUACAACUUCAACCCCAACUACAAAUCCAACAACCGAUACUCCAACUACCGGUACAACGUCAACAACUUCAACAACUGGAACAACUGGAACAACUGGAACAACUAAUCCAACUACAGCCAAUCCAAGCACUGGUACAACAACUCCAACUACUGGUACAACUGCAUCCCCAACCACUGGUACAACUGUAUCACCAACUACUGGAACAACAACACCAACUACUGGUACAACCGCAACACCAACAACAGGUACAACUGUAUCACCAACUACUGGUACGACAGCAUCCACAUCAGUUACUACAACAACCACAACACCAACAACAGAUGUUCAAACAACAAGUACUACUGGCUCUACCGAAGAAAUUACUGAACAAGUGAUUUAUAUUCUUCGUGUUGAGAAAAUCAUUUGGGGUGUUAAUCCAUCUAUUAAAGUGAAAAUAAUGAUAAAGACUACAAUAGCUCCUUGCUCUGGAUGUCCACCAAUCGGAAGUGUUGUAACUGGACCAUCAAUAUUAAAUUUAGUAACACCUCCAGAUUUCCCAUACCCAAUUACUGACAUCCAAUGGUUUAAAUUCAUGAGAGUAGAUAUCACUGGAUGGGAACUCGACAGAUACAGAAUUUUAUCAAGAUUCAGAUUCAGAUUUGGAUUCAAACUACUCAGUGGAAAUGGAUGGUUCUGUGACUUUGACAGUUCCUCCUCAGACGACAGACCAGGUGAAGACGACCCAGAACCUGAAUUCCCAGAUUGGAUGAAUCCAACACCAGGAAGCAUUCCAGAUCCACCUGCAUUACUCUUUGAAACCAAGAUCACAGGUAAACUCUACGAUGACAGAAACUUCAAUGGUCAAUUCGAUGGAGAUGACAUUCAACUGAAUGGCGAUGGUUUACAGAUUGGAUUGAUCUCUGAUGAUGAUACUUACACCCAAGGUACAAUCAAAGAUGAUGGAACCUAUGAAAUUAAAACAACAAGACAACUUGGUUACUACGCAAUCAUGGUCAGUGCAUCACCAAACUUUGGAGAAAACUACUUCUUGCCACAAUCAAGAUUCCAUGCUCCAUUCACAUUCGAAGGCUAUGAACAAGACAUUCCAGUUUUCAAGAAAACACCAAAUGGAUGUAUUGGUGUAGCUUCAACAGCAUCAAAGAAUGUUACAUUACAAUAUGGACAAUAUGAUUUGUUGAACUUUGAUUUCUUCUCAUAUGAAACAAUUACAACAAGUUUCCCAGAUUAUUGUCAAGUUACUCUAUCUGGUACUGAUAUUAAUAUCAACUACAGUAUGUUUUAA